AUGUUCAAGUUUUUCGCCGUUCUCGCAUUUGCUUUAUCAACAGUUUCUUCAGGAACUGUGAAGCAUAAAAAAGAACCCGUAGUUCUUGAACCGUAUCCAGAAGGUUCCUACGUUUCCUACAGUCACUUCGAUGAUAAUAGUCUGGGAGGUCACGGACACGGUCACGUAGACUACGACACCGGAAAAGCUAGUGGUGCUGAAUUAGCUAGUCUGGCACAUAACUCAGCUUUACAAGCUAAUAAUGCAGUACAAAGUCAACAUACAGCUGGAAGUCAAGCUGCUUUCGGAAUAAAAAGCAGUUUAGCCAGUGCUGCUCAUGGGGCCGCGCAAGCCGCACAAGCCGCUUUAGUAGGUAAACAAGCUCUUGCUAGUAAUUUGAAGAGACAAUUAUACGAAGCUCAACAACAGCUCCAAGGUGAAGUAGCUUUAUAUCAACAAACCCAAGCCACGGCUCAAGCUGCCGAAAAUACCGCCCACCAAGCCCAAUCUCAAUUGAACGCUUUAACGGCCGCAGUGACUGCUGCUCAAGCUGGAGCCCAGCAAGCUAGUCAAGCUGCUGGUGAAGCCGCGCAAGCUGCCGCCGCCCAGCACGCUAUGGUGGUCGAAGCUAAGCAACGCAUCAACCAGAUCUCCGCCCAACUUCAGAAUUGUUUGGCCGAUUUACAUCAAACCGAACAGGCAGCUCAAAAAGCGGCCGCUUCGGCGCAUCUGGCUCAAUCCAACGCAGCUGCUGCGGGGGCUGCGGCCGCCGCCCACGGAAAAAAUUACGGAGGAUACGACUAUCAUCAUUAGGGUUGCGACUUUUAUUUCUUAGGAUUUUUGUAUUGAAUAUUUUUUUAAUAAAAAGC